UAAAAACAAAUGCAUGCUCAUGUCCUCAUUAGGUAUGUCAAAUAAUAACCUGUUAUACAUUUCAGAAUGUUACCAUCAAAAACACAGACGUGGAUACUUCCCAGAGGCCGGGAACUCCUUUGCUCAGUGUGUUCUCAGAGGUGUUUGUCUGCCCCGCCAAGUGGAAUGUUCAAAGAUCAACUCCUUACAGCCAACACGAAACAUGAAGGCCAAGUGAAGCAUUCGCAGACAGCGCUUCCCUUCAGUAAAAUGUUGGGACCUAAAGGAGCCAGGAGAAUACCAUACAUAGGAACAUUGCUGAUGUUCAAACCCUUCAGUCCCUAUACUAUCGACACUUUUGACCGCAUGGUGAGUUCAAAACACGAUAAGUAUGGUGCUAUCUUCAGAAUGAGGAUGGGGAAGGAAUACACUGUAUUUACCGAAAACGUCGCUGACGUUGUGACUAUAUUCCGAACGGAAGGGCCCUACCCCAGAAGACGUCUCAUGAAUCUGAACAAAGUGUUCAGAGAGCGUAACAACUUGCCCCUCGCCCUCGGCGGACUUUCCGGGCCCGAAUGGCAUGAGCUUCGACGUCCACUGAACCCCCUUCUGAACAAACCACAGAUGUGCCUGCAUUAUCUGUCUGCUCAGAACAACGUGGCUGACGAUUUUGUCAAGAGACUGGGUGAGACUACGUUAUCUCGGGAACAACAGUGCGAGGAGUUUUUCAAGUACGCCGCAGAGAGCAUCGGGGUGGUUUGCUUCAAUUGCAGGCUGGGCUUUUUGAAUUCUGACUUGAGUUCUUCUCGAGACAAGCACAACUUACUGGAAGCCUUCAAAACAGUGAUGCACUGUAAUUAUGUGGCUAUGGUUGGUCUGGAGAGAAGGUAUCAGUUCACAGAGCAGGAUGAGUUUUACCAGCUGUACAGCCGUGCCAUGAAGCUCAUCGCUCAUGAAUCAAUGCAGUACGUGGAAGCCGUGAUGUCAGGAUUAAAGGCCAAGCAAACAUCAGGUAGCCAAACCAUAGAACAAGAAUCUGACUUACGUGCUUAUAUUGAAACAAAUCUCCUGGCCUCUUUGAUAGUAAACAGCAAUCUUGAAAUGAACAAAAUCAUCGCAAUAAUAGAGUCUCUGCUCGUCGUCGGCACAGAUUCUACAGCCAAAAAUCUCGCCGUAUUGUUGUAUAAUUUAGCUAGGCAUCCCGAGAAACAACAAAAAGCUGCUGAUGAAAUUAUGGGUAUUAUGGGAGAAAACGAGCCCGUGACACCAAAGACAAUUUCAGAAAUGCACUACUUGAAAGCGUGCGUCAAAGAGUCGAUGAGGCUGAAUUUCCCUACUGCAAAUGGAACCAUGCGAAUACUGAACCAAGACACGGUUCUCAGCGGUUAUCUCGUGCCCAAAGACACCAACGUCAUCCUGGGGAUGAGGCGAAUCGCUCAUGACCCUCGAUAUUACCCAGAUCCAGAGAGCUACAAACCAGAGAGAUGGCUCAGACAGAAACAGGGCUCACAGACAAGACGAGACGAGGUCGUGUCGCGACAGGCCUUCACGUACCUACCCUUCGGCCACGGAGCGAGAAGCUGCAUUGGCCGACGCUUUGCCGAGAUGGAGAUCCAAGUAGCCGCCGCUAAAAUCUUACAGAAGCUGCAGGUGCGAGUUGACAAGUCUUACGAAGGCUUGGACCCUGUGUACACGCCGUUUAUUACACCAAGAGUCCCUAUUCCGUUUGUUUUUGAGAAGAGGAAAACUUAACCCAUAACGACUGUGUCAGGAAGACACUUGGCAAUCCAUGAUUCCACCAACAUUUUCAAGUGCAUAAACCUCAAACACAAAACUGAACCUCAUAUGCGGUCGUUAAAGUACUAUGAAAUAAAUGUGCUAGUGUUCAUCUUUUAAAAUCGAUAAGGCAGUGAAGCUAAAGAGACAUAAUGACACAGAUUCUGUUUUUGUUUUUCCUAGUAAAAAACAACAACACUUGCAUAGGUGGCCUCUUUUCAACCGAAGCCAUCACUAUUUGGCAUCAAAGCACCGUUCAACCAUUCGCAGGAUAAUAACCAUGACAAAUCUGGAUAAAUGAUGAUGUUUUGAUUUAGAGUACCCCAUCUGAACACGUAGAUGCCAAACAA